GAAGGUAACUGUCACCUUUUCCUAUUUGUUAGGUUGUCAAUUAACCUUGCGCAGAUGGCGGCGUCAGCAUUUAUCAAAUCUUUCUACAUAAGUCCUGAAGACUGGGGUCUUUUAAAUGAGCCACCCAGUCAGGCUGUUUCGGAACGUGUGCUGCAGUUACUGCAGCGUGCGCGGACAACACAGCGUUUGUUUGAAACCUCCAUUCGAUAUCCGACAACAGUAUUAGCAUACGUCCUCGAUGAGUACGCAAAUGCAAGACGCAAGGUAAUUGCUGAAGCCUUUAUCAAUGCACUGACCGUCGGUUGGAAUUCUGGGCCUGGAUUUGAAUCAGUGGCCACGAAACCCAUGGAACUUCAGUCCCAUGAUCCGCUUCGUUAUGCUGGUGAUAUGCUAGCAUGGCUUCAUCAAGCAAGUGCAUCGGAGCGGGAGUACUUCAAGUCGUUAACUUCAGAUAAGGUCGAGACGGGAUUGAUGCAAGACUGCCUCAACAACAUCACUAAUGGACUGGCGUAUCCACUUCAGUUACGUCUGGAACAACUUCUUGUUACAGAACACAGUGCUGUCCUUCUUUACAAGAUCAAUAAUAUACUUCAGUUCUAUUCCUCCGUGAUAAUGAACAUUCUGGGAGAAAAAUGCACCGUCUACGCCACCCUGUCAGAACUGCAGUCCUUAAGCUGGAACCUUUUUAUAUCAGCUCUUCAUCAAGAGACUUUAAAUCUCCUCACUGAGAAUGAAUUUCCUCGGCACGAUUUCUUGCCUUCCGUCUCCGCUCUGGAGGCCUGUCGGCUUCUAGAAGCCAUCCUCACAUGCCAAGACAUGUCCUACGCCGCUCCCGAUGUUCGUCAGACAAAGUGUGAACAGGUGAGUUUGCGCGUCCGCUUGACUCUGCUCUAG